UCUUCUUUUCUCUCUUCUUCUUUUUUCUUCUUCUUCCUUUCUCACCAAAGGAUAUCUAUCCACUUUUGCUGCAUCUCUUGGGGUCUUGUGGCUUUUUCUCUUGAGCAUUUCUAGCGAUCGGGGAAAAGUUUUAUUUUUUGUUUCUUGUGUCUAGAUCUCUUCUCGUCUACUCUUGCCACCCUAGACUCUUUUCAUUCUAGAUACCUUUUUUUUUUUUUUCUCUUCCUCUUUUGGCAUCGAGCUCUACUCGGCUCCGCCCAAACGCUUCGCCUUUCCAACGACCGUUUCAGUUUCCACGCCCCAACUUUUCUCCAAUUUUCUCCAAUUUCUUUCACCAUGGCCGACACUGCCCAGGUUCCCGUCAACGGCACCUUCCCGGCGCAACACGCCUACCCGGACUCCUACAGCCACGUCCCCGCCCCCAUGAACAGCGCGGCGAAUUUCCAGCCGGCGCCCUCCUCCACCCCGAGCAAUGCCCCCGUCCCCGACCAGAAGAACAGCAUCUCCAAGGAUGAGGUUGGUUGGUACUUUGUUGAGCAGUACUACACCAACAUGAGCCGCAGCCCGGAAAAGCUGCACCUCUUCUAUUCGCGCCGCUCGCAGUUGGUCUUUGGCACCGAGGCCGAGUCCGUUCCCGUCGCCGUCGGUCAAAAGGCCAUCAACGAUAAGAUCAAGCAGCUGGACUUCCAAGAAUGCAAGGUCCGUGUCCUGAACGUGGACUCUCAGGCCUCGUUCGACAACAUCUUGGUCUCGGUCAUCGGUGAGAUCUCCAACAAGUCCGAGCCCUCCCGCAAGUUCGUCCAGACCUUCGUGCUGGCCGAACAGCCCAAUGGCUACUACGUGCUCAAUGACAUCUUCCGGUACCUGGUGGAGGAGGAGGAAGAGGUCGUGAACGAGGAGUCGGCCCCCGCUCCCGCCCCGGCCCCUGCGGCGCCCGCCGAGAAGCCCGCCGUGGAAGCUGUGGCCCCGGCCGCCGAGGAGGCUGGCCCGGCCGCGGUGGACGACACUCCCGCCAGCGAGGACGCGGUCGCCGCGGUCCAGGCCGAGGAGAAGGUUGAGGAGAAGGUUGAGAAGCCCGAGGAGAAUGGCGCCGAAGUGCAACCGGAGGCGCCGGCCCCUCAGACCAACGGAGCCCAGGCCGAGGCAGCGACGGAGGUUGCCAAACCGACCGAGCCCGAAGUGGUCCAGCCCGAGAAGCCCGCCACCCCCGAGCCGACCCCCGAGCCCACGCAGGCGCCGGUGCAGGAGGCGGCCGCACCCGCCAAGGAGAAUGUGCCCCCCGCCCGCGCGGUUCCCAAGACGUGGGCCAACAUCGCGUCCAAGAUUACCGGUGCGGCGGCUCCCGUCGUGCCGGCCGUCCCCGCCGCGCCCGCCGCGCCCGCCGCUCCCGCUAAGCCUGCCGCUGCUGCUGCCCCUGCUGCCCCUGCUGCCCCUGCCGCCGCUGCCGCUCCUACCGCUCCUGCCAGUGGCUCUGCGCCCGCCCCGGCGGCCGCCCCUGCCGCGGCUCCGGAGAGCACCCCGGCCCAGCCGUCGACUGAUAGCGCGGGGUGGCAGACGGCCGGCCACGACCACAAGAAGACCCAGUCCCGUGCGGGUGAGGAACAGGGGGUCCAGGCGUACGUGAAGAACGUGACCGACAAGGUGGACGCGUCCUUGCUGCGUCAGGCCCUUUCCCGCUUCGGCAAGCUCAACCACUUUGAUGUGAGCCGCACCAAGAACUGUGCGUUUGUCGAGUUUGCGGACGCCGCUGCCUACGCGGCGGCCACCGCGGCCAACCCCCACCAGAUCGGCACAGAGAAGAUCUACGUUGAGGAGCGCCGCCCGCGUGCUAGCGCCUACGGCAAUGCCAACUACGGCGCGGGACGCGGUGGUGCUGGACGCGGCCGUGGUGACCGUGCGGGCAGCCAGGGACGGGGUGGUUUCCAGCGGGAUGGCCGUGGCGGGUUUGCCCCUCGCGGCCGGGGCGGCCACGCGCACGCCAAGAGCCGCAACCAGUCCCAGGGAGCUUAAGCCGUGACCCCAAGGUAAAAUAAAUAAAUCCACGAAAAGACAAAAAAAAAAAAAAAAGAGUUUCUCAAAGGGAAAGGGGUAUUACAACGGCGCAGAACCAAUUGCCCAAGAAAAAGCAUAUCGGAAAAAAAAAAAAAAAGAAAGACCGAACGAGGCAAAUACACACAGGCACUUGAGGAAAAGGCCCGGCCUUCUCAAGGCACCUGGAGAAGAGAAACGGUUGUGCUUUGACGGACAGGCGGUUGUUUCUGCUCGUUUCUUUCGUCCCCUCUGUUUCUUUUCUUCAUCUUCAUCUUCAUCUUCUAUUAUUUUUUUUUCUCUUUUUUUUAGCCCUUCAUCCUGGGUGGCAUGGGUUCUGUCCCCGGCGAACCAGGACAUGUAUUACUCGGAAUUACUGAUAAUGACAUGUGUUACGUGACGCAGCACCGGCAC